AUGCUCAUGUGCUGCAUGCCCGGCGUGGCUUUCGUGCCCGCUCUGCUCGUCUGCUGGUCCUCGGCCGCCUUCAUCAUCUCCUAUGUGAUCGCCGUGCUGGCGGGGCACGUCGAGCCCUUCGUGCCCUACAUCAGCGACACUGGAACUAAACCUCCAGAGAGCGGUGUCUUUGGUUUUAUGAUUAAUAUUUCAGCACUUCUAGCUUCAAUUACAAUGUACAUCAGAUAUUUAUUGAUAGAGAAGCAAAAUGAAUCAUCACACUUUGUUAGGUCUUCAUGCAAUAUGUUUACAUUAUGUGUGGGAUUGAUGGGCUGCACUGGAAUGGGCAUAGUUGCAACUUUUCAGGAGCUGGCUGUUCCCAGCGUCCAUGACAUAGGAGCUCUGGUGGCCUUUGGCUCGGGUGUUGUGUACAUCACACUUCAGUCUAUAAUCUCCUACAAGUCCUGCCCACGGUGGAACACUUACUUUGUGUGUCACAUAAGGAUGGCCAUAUCUGUCAUAUCAUGCAUUGCUUUCAUUCCCAUGAUUGUGUUUGCUUCAAAAAUUUCCAUGACAAAAAUUGAUUGGACUCCAGGUGAAAAGGAUUAUACUUACCAUUUUAUGAGUGCAAUCUGUGAAUGGACAGUGGCCUUUGGUUUCAUCUUCUUCUUUUUAACAUACAUUAGAGAUUUUCAGAGAUUUUCUUUAAGGAUAUCAACAGAAAUACAUGAAGAAUUCUGAUAGUGAAAGAACAAUAUUUUAUAUCUAUGAAUAUUCUAGGUUUCUUUUUACUUAUAGAAAAAGUGGCAGACGCACAAGGAUUGACAAGUUUGUAUUAAGAACUCAUGCCAUUAACUCUGCACCAGCAACCACUAACAGAUUUUAAAAACUUGGAGCAAGGUUCCU